CGUUUAGAGUUCGUGAUGUCUGACUCAAUGGUCCAUUUUAUUUCACCUUAACGUGUUUAUUCCUGCGAACGUGUAACUGUGAGCAACAAUGGAGAUAGAAUGGGAUGAGGAGCCAGUUCCCGAUGGUCCUUUCUUCACCAGAGAUCUUUAUGACACAUACUCACUUGCUCCUCAUAUCAGAGAACUUUUGGAUAUUCUUCAAAGUCCUGCAGUGAGUGACAACAUAAAACAAGAUUGCAUUGCGGCUGCAGAAGGCGCCAGAUCUCCUAACAUAAAAGGUGCUGCAAAGUUGAAAGGCAACGGUUGCGUCAGCGGCAGCCAAGCGUCCAGUUGGGAGAACUGUGAUAGUGAUGAUCCAUCUUCAGACGAUGAUGCUGAGGGCACGGAGAGUAAGGGGGGCAGGAAAUCUAAAAGGAUGGAGACUGACGCGGAGGUGGAUGCUCCUUAUCCUGAACCCAGGCUGCCCUAUCCCCGUAUGUCCAGCCUGAGCGCUCAUGAACAGAAAGCACAUGUUGGCUAUAUGUUGAGUAAUAAAACUAGGAGUCCUACACAGGGUUUUAAAACGCGAUUAAAUAAUGAAGUGGCUCAGUUCAUGACGUACCUGCAAGAUGUCGCUAAAAUGUGUGCUGAUGACUACAAGCUCAUAUCACCAGGCGCUGUGCAGUAUACAGAGGAAUUAUUUAGGGCUUAUUUAGAGUGGAUUAAGACUCUGCCUCAGUUCUACCAAAUCCACGAGAUGACCAGUUUGACAGGGGGAACGUUUAAUCCCGGGCUGGCGCUGACCUUCGAGAAGCAGCUGCUAACGAUGGGCAGUGUGAGUGUAACAGACCAUAAGAUGGUGCCUGCUGACGUGCAGCUUGCAUCGGAUUAUCAGAGUGUUUCAUCAUUGAAUCCUCCAGCUAUAAAAGCCAGGCAUAUGCAUGCUAUGGUCAGUAACGAUGGGAACGCAGAGAAACUUAGUUCUUUUUAUGAACCUCACGUGUGCCUGAGCCGAGAGGCUUUGGUGAGGCUGCUGGACAACCACGGCCCUGAGUUUGGGGAGCCAUGGGAGCUGCCUGUUGUGGUGAAAAUCAACCCAGGGAAAGUCAGCAGCAAGAAGAAGAUUGUGUACAUCGACUCCCCUCUUCUGAAGACAGAGAUGACCGUUAGAGAGAGGAGUCACAUCUACCAUGAGGAAAGUUUGAAGCUCUCCAUCGUGAAGAGUGGAAGUGUAAAUGUCUUCCGUUUGAUGACAGAGCAUCCCACGAACGAGCAGCAGAUCUCGCCGGAGGGUUCCAAGAGAAAGUGUGUGUCUGCAGAAAGCACUGGCCUUGACUUUGAGGUGGACCUCACAGAUUUAGAGACAUUUGGAGAUAUUUCUAAGAUGACCAAGACAAAAAAAAAGAAGAAUCAAGAGGAUGAAGGGAUUAAAAGUAAAAAAGUUACAUGUUCUUCAGUUGUAACCAGGUCCAAGAGUCUCAGUGAGCAUCAUAAUGCUAACAGCAGCUCACAGGAAGAUACGAGGACCUCUCAGAUGAACACUGAAGCUCCCUCAACAGAGUCGAGCGAGCUGGUUGUUCGUGAGGCCAUUUCACCAAAGACUAAACAAAUAUGCUCUGCCAAAGAAGAGGAGGAAAUCCAAACCUUUACAGAAGAUUCUGAUGAGGAGAAGCUUAUCAUUGAUGAUUAUGCAGCUUCAGCAAAAACAGUGAAACAGCCUGAGGCUCAGACUACAAAACCCUCCACAGUAACCCCAGUUCCUCCAGCCCCAGAGUCCACCGCUCUAAAUACAGACUCAUCUACCCCUCAUAAGUGUGAAAAGACCAGCUGGCAGACCAAACAGGCAAAGUCCUCUGGGGACCAACUAGGUGAGAUCCUACGCAUGCAAACAGCCAUGUUCCAGUCUUCCAAUGACACGCCUGCUACUGCUACUAAAUCACCAAGUCGUUGUGUGGGACUCUUGCCAAACUCUCAUGCAACUUCGCUGGUUAAACCGUGUGUGACCUCAUACUUGGAAAGGAACCAGAACGAGGAUGGCAGUACGUGUGCUGCUUAUGAAUCUGCAGUUUUCAACAAAGAUGCUACAGAGCACAAAAAAAUUCUUUCAGAAGACCUGCAGGCUUGUGCAGAGGACGAACAAGACUACGAAGCUCCAGCUGAGGGAAACCUGCUCUACAAACUUUACAGUCUGCAAGACUUGUUACUUCUGGUCCGUAGCUCGGUGUCUCUGACCCACACGAGGAAUGUUGGCAACAACCAGAACCAGCAUGUGCCAGUGCAUGUUCUGCCUAAGCUGGAGUACCAACUUUGUUAUGGAGUUGAGUGUCUGACCAGCAGUGAGGCGUGCCACCUGUGGACAGAGACGCUGCUUCACUCCACCACAGCGUCUUACAUAGCUCACAUCAAUGCGCUCACAUCAAAAGUGCCUCUGCUGAGGAAGCUGCCUGACGACUGGAAGCAGAGCAUCACCUGCGGGUUCAAAUCUUCCAAGUCACUAAAUAUACUUCACCACCUACUGAAAAAACUAAUAGAGUUAGAAGAAGGACAAUAUCUGAUCACGCACAAAGCUGGAGAACCGUUUGUGACCAUUUUAAAGGCUGUGAAUGGAAAAGCGAGUCGAGGGGCGUACAACCUGCAAGAGGUCCACAGCUCUGUUCCACAGCCCCCCAGCUCAGGCCUUGUGCCUUGGGUACCUGUUGAUUCAGCUGUGGUCCUCCCCUUCCACCGGAAACAUGGGCAGAUUCCCUGCACCUUCCCACCAAAACCUUUCUUAAAGACAGGCAAAGAGAGAGCUAACAAUCCUGGAGCUGGCCAGAACAACCAGAAUGCACAAGGCAGCAAGAAGAAGAGCAAACGUUCAGCCAAACGUAACAAAUAUUUCAAAAGGCUCAUUCAGAAGUCUGUUUAAAAUCCCUCACUGAAGGAUUUCAUUUGCCAUAAUUCAUCUUUCAUUUCCAUGCUCAGGUUAGUCAGAACAGCUGGAUCUGUUGCUACAGCAAAGAAGGAAAGGAAGUGACUGAGAAACACUGGAUCAAACAUGUGUGUGCUUUAAUAUAGUAAUGC